CAUUUUUUUUCCUUUGUUGCAUUUUUUUUCCUUUCUUCAAUAGAACAAAUUCCUUCUUUGCAUAGAUUCUUUUAGAGGUUGAAUCUCCACUUGCUGUAAUUUCCAAAUAUUAACAAUAUAUAUAUCACCCACACUUAAUUCCCUUGUAUCCUCCUUUCAUUUGUUAUCUUCAUCUUCCUCCUCCUCCUCAUCAUCAUCUCGAUUUGUUUUCGAUUUCUCUUUUUUUUUUUAAUUCAUCAUCAUCAUCAAACAUGGAAGUCAGCGACGUUGGUUGUGCGGAAACAAGAACACCAUUGUUGUCGACCAACGAGGCUGAGAAGCCCAAAAGCGGUUUGGUUUCAACGAUGAAAUCGAAUUUCUUUGCAAAUUUGCCUCAAAAGAUUCAAUCUACGCUCGAUCCCGAAAACCCUUUUCAUCUCGAUCUCUCCAAAGCCACAUGCCUCAAAAGCGGUGAAAAGGAAUAUUACGAAAGGCAAUUAGCCACACUGAAAUCCUUCGAGGAAGUGGAAUAUUCCGUGGUUCAAUCACAAGAUAGGAUCGACGAACAAGGGCAAGCCGAACAAUCUGCACAAGAACGCGCCAUGAAAAUCUCCAAUUGCGCUAACAUUCUCCUGCUUGCUCUCAAGAUAUAUGCAACGGUGAAGAGUGGAUCGAUAGCCAUAGCUGCAUCGACACUGGAUUCUUUGUUGGAUCUAUUAGCAGGAGGAAUACUUUGGUUCACGCACAUGUCGAUGAUCAACAUAAACAUCUACAAAUACCCAAUUGGGAAGCUUAGGGUUCAACCUGUCGGAAUCAUCGUCUUUGCUGCCGUUAUGGCCACUCUUGGAUUCCAAGUGCUGGUGGAGGCAGUUUCGCAAUUGAUUGAGAAUAGGCCAUCGGAGAAGAUGAGUCAUGAGCAAUUGGUUUGGUUAUACGCCAUCAUGUUAACCGCAACUGUAUCAAAGCUCGCCCUAUGGCUCUAUUGCAGAACCUCUAAGAACAACAUCGUCCGUGCUUAUGCCAAGGAUCAUUACUUUGACGUGGUGACCAAUGUUCUCGGGUUGGUCGCUGCUGUUCUUGGGGACGAGUUCUACUGGUGGAUCGAUCCCUCCGGUGCUAUACUCCUCGCGGUCUACACCAUCUCCACAUGGUCUAGAACCGUAAUAGAAAAUGCAGUAUCUUUGAUUGGACAAUCAGCGCCUCCCGAGGUUUUACAGAAGUUGACGUACCUUGUGCUCCGUCACAAUCGCGAUGCGAUCAAACGGGUCGACACGGUUCGCGCCUACACUUUUGGCGCUCUUUACUUCGUCGAGGUUGAUAUCGAACUCCCGGAAGAUUUGCCGCUGAAAGAGGCGCAUACAAUAGGGGAAACGUUGCAGAUAAAAAUAGAAGAGCUUCCUGAAGUGGAAAGAGCGUUUGUUCAUCUUGACUACGAAUGCGAACACAAACCCGAACACUCCAUUCUUGUCCGAAUCCCCGACGAAGUCUAGCCACCAAAAUUAUUCAGAUUUUGCUGUUUUAAUGUUACAAGCUUUUAGUGCUACGGAUGUCGUAUGAUGUGGCACAGGGAAGAAUGCCAUGCACCAUGUCCAUGCAUGUGUUUUGCGGCAUGAGUUCUGUGCUUUCCCAUUUUCAUGAUAACACAAUAUCUCAAUAA